GGACCGACCCCCUUUAUACUCGUUCGGUACGGACGGUCGAGCAUUCAGAAAGCGUUGAGCUGAGCUCCAAGACACAACUCUUCCAAAACAUAGUCCUCCUCCAUUUCGACAGCUUUAAAAAACCAAAAAAAUUCGAAAACAUCAACAUCAGUUUUGAAUCUUUGAUUGAACUCUGCAAAAGUGUCAAGUGCGUUCCUCAGUCAGUACUCGAUGGUGCAUUAAGUGUGUCGCUAUUUCCUUUUGUUUAUUUCGGUGCUGGCUUUGCUGAACAACAGAAGAAGAAGCACAACAAAAAAAACAGUGUGCUUUGUUUUGUUUCGAGUUCCAUCUUUUGAAUGAUGAUUGCCGAUCAAGUAAACGCCCUGAAUCGCGCUCGCGAAGUGGCAGCUGUGGCCAAUUUGAUCCGUUUGGCAGCGGCCUCUCAUCAAUCGGCUCAAGCCGCCGCAGCAGCAGCCGCAGCCGCCGCCACUAAAGUCGUUGAACACCACCACCACAACCAGCCAUCGCCCAAGAUCAAACGUGAUCCGGCGGAAGACAGCAGUCACCACAGCACGGAGGGCGAGGAAGAGGAAGAAGAGGAAGAAGAAGAACAAGUGACAAGUAGAAUGUCUUCGUCCAUCGGUCCGGUGGUCGUCGUUUCAUCCGCCGCAUCCGCCAUGCCCGUCUCGCCGGUGCAACCUCAGCCGUCGAAGAGGAUCUCGUUCAGCGUCGACUCGUUGCUCUCCGACGUGCGACGGACCUCACAGCCGCAACAUCAGACCCAAGCGGCUGAUUUGUCGUUGCGAACGGCCAGCAACAACAACAACAACAACAACACGAGCACGAGCAGCAACGGCGGAUGCCACACAUCCAGCGACGAGGAAGAUAACAAGUCGAUGAUGGAUUCGACGGAAGAAGUGGAUUGCGACGUCGAUUGUGACGACGACGAUGAAGACGUCGACAUCGAGGAAGAAGAGGGCAUGUCGGAAACGUCCGAUACGACGCCCAACGGGAAAUUAUCCCGGCCGUCUCCCACCUUGGCCACUGCGGCCAUGUUCCAUCAUCACCAUCCGCAUCAUCCGGCUAAUCUGAUGAGUCACCAUCAUUUCCAGCAGGCCAGUUUGCAGGCCAUGCAAAUGCGAGGCGUCAUAGCCGCAACUCAUCCCAACUCGGCGUCAGCCGUCGGUGGCGGUCCGUCCCCAUUCCCCGCUUCGGCCGUCGGUCCAGCUCCACAAGGAUGGCCUUUACCUUACGGCCUGGCCGCGGCCGCCUGGGCCCAGCAUGCAUCUCAAUUUGUCUCCAAAGAUGGAUCGGAUUUGAGCAAAUUACCCAGCCUUCAUCAUCAAGGCCUAAACCCUCAUCAUCACCACCACCUGGACGGGCUACCUAAACUACCACCAGGUGGUCAACUGCGCUGUCAAUUGCGUAAGCACAAGCCCAACCGUAAGCCGAGGACGCCGUUCACCACUCAACAGCUGAUGGCCCUGGAGAAGAAGUUCCGCGAGAAACAAUACCUGUCGAUCGCCGAACGGGCCGAGUUCUCCGCUUCGCUAUCCCUAACCGAAACGCAGGUGAAGAUUUGGUUCCAGAACAGACGCGCCAAAGCCAAACGACUUCAAGAAGCCGAGCUGGAAAAAUUGCGGAUGACGUCGCGAGGGCCCCUCGGCCACCUGAUGUCUCCGCACAGCGCCGCAGCCUUCGGCCUAUUCGGUCCGGGUGCCAUGUCCGGCUUGUACGGACCUCCAGGAGGACCGGCUGUCCCGCCAAACUCAUCGGCUGGUAGCAGCAACAGUUCGGCUGGCAAUAACGGCAGGCCUAGCAACGCGUCGGCUGCAGCCGCCGGAAUGAUGAGCGCCUUCGCUUCGUUGUAUCCGAUGACGAGCAGCUCGUCGGCCAUGACCAGUUCCAGCGCAAGUCAAUCAAUGGGCAACAACAACACGGUGACCACCAGCGUCGCUGCCAUGAUCCAUCGUUAAACUCAAAUUCUAUUUGUUUAUUGUUUGGUUUUUCUUCUUAAACGUACAUGUCACCUAAUGAAAAUGUUUUUAAUAUGAUGCGUCUAUUUUGUCAUUUGAUUUCGCAACAAUGCAGUGCAUUUUCAUUCAAACCCCCCUUUACUCUCUGUAACGUGUAAAUAGUGAUGUAAAUAAUAAGCUCGUCCUACAUUUUGACAAAUUUGGUUUUCCUAUAUCCUUUGUGUUCAUCUGUGGCGAUGAAGAAAUUCAACUCUUCCUGAAUGGAUUGUAUUAUAGAAAGAAAAAAACAAACAAACAAAAAAAAACAUUGUUUCCUUGUGUUAAUUUUGGGCCUAUUUUUAAUUAGGAACAAUUUUCGAUUGACUGAAUAAAAAAUCGAUUAUUUUGACGAGACCCUCGAUGUGUAAAUAUUCAAUAGGGGCACUUCCAUCCGUUUGGAAAUGAUGUCAUCACUUUUAAAUGUAUACAUGUAUACAAGAAGAAAACAAACAAACAAAUCCCCAUUCUCUUUUGUAAA